AUGAGCACUCCAGCAGCCGAGCAGAAGAAAGUAAUUGAGCAAUUAAUGGGCAGAGGGUCGUUAUCUUCCCAUCGGGGCCCUUAUAGAGGGGAAAUGAAGUUAGAUGAUCCAAGGAUAUGCAAAUCGUAUCUAGUGGGGUACUGUGUCUACGAUUUAUUCAAAGGCACAAAGCAGAGUCUUGGAAAAUGUCCAAAGAUUCACCUGGCGAAGCAUAAACUGCAAUACGAACGGGAGAUGAGCACAGGCCGUGGUUUUGUAGAAUUUGAACGUGAGUAUUACGCAAUUCUCUCUAAGUUUGUAAACGACUGCAAUGGGCAGAUUGGCAUUGCACUCAAAAAUUUGGAGCACAAGCCCGAGGAGCAGGAGAAGAUUCAACGGGUUACGGGGGAGUUGGAGGUUCUGGAUUCACAAAUCGGUUUGAUGCUUCAGGAAAUCCAAGUACUAUUGCAGAAUAAUGAAGUGAACAAAGCUCUGAUACAGUCGGUAAAGGUGCAGCAGGUGCGGAAACAUCGCGAAGAAGUGGCAGUAAAGGUACGAGAAAUCGCGGAAAACGUUGGACAAAGCGCUCAGCAAAAACUUCAAGUUUGUGAAAUAUGUGGCGCGUAUCUGUCGCGACUGGACACAGAUCGAAGACUUGCAGACCAUUUCAUUGGAAAGAUCCACCUUGGUUAUGUUGUAAUACGCCAGGAGCUAGAUAUUCUGAAGAGACGCUUCAAAGACCGUGGAGAAGAUGUCGUCACCGUGCCUCAGCGUAAGGCCAAACAGCCUUACCAAGCCCAGUCAAGGACAUCUUAUUCGCAAAGAUCAUCGUACCAACCAAGGUACAAGCCGAGAACUUACAGGGGCUACUAA